AUGAACAAAACUCACCCCCAGAGAAAUGGUACUGUAGCUACUUUUGAUGCAACCAAGUCCUCCUCUGAAGAAAGAGACCACUGGCAGCCAUGCAGUGCCCAGGUGUGCUGCACAUGGAAGUGUGUCUGCAUCUCUGCCACCAUACUGCUUGUCCUCACUGCUGCCGUGGCCUUGGCCGUGGCACUGGGACUCCUGCUGCAGGUGCCAGUGAACCGCUUCUGUACAGCCUCCAGCAACCAGACAGGCUUCUUGUGCAAUGACAGAGAGACCUGCAUCGCAGCCAGCCAGGUCUGUGACAGCAUCAGCAACUGCAGGCAUGGGGAGGAUGAGCAGGAGAAACUCUGUGGGGACCUGCCCCACAGCCUCCCAGAAUUCCUGGUCUUCCACUGCAGUGACCCCAGGUCCUGGGUCUAUGCUGAUCAGAGGUGUGAUGGGAUGAACGACUGCGGGGACUGCUCUGAUGAGAGGGGCAGCUUGGCCGCCUGCCCGCCGUGCAGGUUGCAGUGGUGGAGCUGCAGCUCAGUGUUCUAUGAGUACUGCUCCUGCGUCCCCAGGAGGCUGUGCCGGGACGGCAUUCAGCACUGCCUCGGCUCGUCUGAUGAGUAUCUCUGCACACCCUGA